GUAGAAAAUUGAAGAAAAUGAAGCUUUCUAUCAUCUUAGUCGUAUGUCUGGUUGUAUCAGUUUCUGGAACUUGGUAUAGGCGACCAAAACCAAAACCUGAUUGGAACUCCAGACCUGGAAAUGGUGGAAACGGUGGUACUUGGAAUGGUGGGAAUGGAGGAAAUGGUGGAAAUGAUGGGACAGGUGGAAAUGGUGGUACAUGGAAUGGUGGGAAUGGAGGAAGCGGUUGGUAUAGAAGGAGAGGAGGAAACGGUGGUCGUUGGGAUGGUUGGAACGGAGGAAGCGGUCGGUAUGGAGGGAGAGGAGGAAAUGGUGGUCGUUGGGAUGGUGGGAAUGGCGGACAUGGUGGAAAACGCUAAAACAUAACUGACCGAGUUCCGGACUAUUUAAAAAUGAACAUUUGAUAAAAUUGUUCUAAUUUUCCUUAUGAUUUAUUUAUUUUUUAUGUCACAAAAAUAAAGAUUAAACUUUG